AUGAGUCCCAUAACUAGAGCUAAGAAAGUUAAACAGGAGAAAGAAAAAAGAGAUCAACAACUAAGUAGAAUCGAUGCUUUAUCACAAAGGCUAAAUAAUCUUGUUAGUUUCAAUGAGCUCACAGACUUCACUCACCAAUCUGAUUCACUUCGUAGGAGUGUUCGGUCACAGUACUCUGUGAUUAGAACCAUCAUCGAUGAGAAGAGAGAUGAAAUAGGAGCUGCAGAGUCAAAUAAGUUCAACAUUGUCUUGACUGGCGUUGACGACUUGUAUCGCAAUGUUAAAAGGCCAAGAGAGCAAGUGUCAGAUGCAGAGGCCUUGCUCGGACUUACCAAUACUGUGGUGGAAUCUCUCGCACUACGUUCCCAUGAUAGUAUCUCACCUUCUAUGUUCAUAUCCUGUUUGCUUAAAUCCUAUGGCUUACAAAAAGGACGUUCGAAGAAGGCAACACAAAGUUUGAUAUUUGGGAAAUCACAAAAAGCUGUGAAUUGGGAAAAGAUUGGCGUUGAUGUUUCACUUGUGUUUAUGGAAGGCAAAGGUUGCAAGACGAUGCUUGGAGUUCUGAAAACUGAAUUUAAGCCGAGGAAACUUGUAGUUUAUAUUGGAGAUCAGAAGCCUGAAGUUUAUGAUUCGUAUCCAAACACGAUUGCAGUUUAUAGAAAAACGCCUCCGAAGAAGGUCUACCUUACUCAACCAAAAUUGGUUACUUCUGAAACUGCCGAAGACAAACCUGAUGUUAACAAGAAUAUGUCAAUCAUAUCGGAGCUUUUAAAGGAGAAGAAAUGUGUCAUGCUUGACGAACUCCUUUUUAGGAGAACUUCCUUUGCUCAUACUGUUGAGAAUUUAUUUGCACUUUCCUUUUUAGUACACAAUGGGGAGGCUGCUAUUUCCGCUGAUGAAACUGGUUCUCGUUUUCUUUGCGAGAUAGUUCCACGGAGCAGUGCACGUUUUGAAGUUGCACGCCACCAGUUUAUCCUGAGAUAUGAUUACAAUGAUUGGAAGUUGAUGCAAGAUUUAGUGCCAGAAGUAGAAGAUCUGAUACCAAAUAGGGCUGCCUCAGGCUUUAAGCAAUGAGGACUUGUUCUAAUAUCAUCUCCGACUAUGUCUGAAGAAAAAACUGCUAUGGAGUAAAUGUCAAGCGAUGUGUAUAAUCUAGCUCUGUUAAUAGGUAAAUGGUCUGUUUAUUUGUGUAUAAUCAAGCUCUAAAAAACUGAUCAGUAUCUCUUUUGGGUAAACUGUAUGUUACAUGUGUAUAUUUGAAGCUGUAUAAGCUGAUCCACAUGAUCUUUUGG